CUUAAAGGCCAAACGACAGUCUGGCAUCACUGGCGCUAGGCCGAACUUUGCUGUCCUGGGGAAAAUUCGUGAAAAACUUUGUGCCGAUUUUUCGGUGGCCAUGCCCGUGAUUACCAAAUAAUCCGGACGGACAGCGGACAUGCUGUUCCCCAUUGACGGCCCGUAAUAAGCCGUUAAUUACCAUUUAGGAAACGAAACAGCAAAAGCCAAAAAAAUCCAAAGCGUUUUUGUAAGCCCGGACCCCGAAGAGUCAGAGUCAGUGUCCCCCCAGAAAAAUAUGACACCGUUCGAUGAUUUCGUUUAUUUGAUAAAUCAUGUUUUGUUGGGCGAGGAGCCGACCAUUGAAGACUUUAUACUGCUGGUGGGCACCCUGGUGGCCUUCAUAGCCUUCAUCCUUUGGUGUUGCUUUCCCAUCCAACCCAAGGAACCGGGACCGCAUCGCCAGUUUACCUGCAAAAUCAUCCAGAAUCCCAUUAAGGCCUUCGACGCGGCCCCCAGCACGGAGGAGGCCAAUGCUGCGGGUAGUAGUUCGAGUUCUGGAGGUGCCGGAGGCAACACCUCCAGCUGCAUGCAGUACAAUGGCAGCUCCUCCAGCGGUAGCUACAGCAAAAAUGGCACCGUGGCCAUGCACAACUACUAUGUCAAAAAUGGACAUCACUGCUGCACCUAAUUGUGGGAUAGAAUACCCAUCAUUAUCACCGUCAUCAUUGAUAGAAUCACCGCCACCGCCAACAUCACAACCACCAGUAUUACUAGCCAUUGCCCAUGUCCAAGGCUGGGCGAUGUUGCUUAGUAAUCGCUGCUCAUUGUGGCGCUUGAGAUCCUUGAUUCCAUUUAUAGAGAGCACAGUCAUCCGUAUGCGGCUAGCAUAUCGAUUAGGAUUUGUGCCAAUUGGUGGUUCGACGACAGGUUGUUAGGCAGCAGCUGAAAGCAGCUGUAACAGGCACAUUUGAAUUGUAAUUGCUCAGACUGAUUUGUUUAUGGAGGAACAGGAUGGAACUGGAUGAACAGGAGGACAAGGAGGAGGCUUGCAGGACACAGACACACACUUCUGUUUGUGUAUUAGUUUCUAACAGGUUUCUAAAACUUGUUGUGCCCAAUAACGGCGAGGAUGUGUUGUGUUUUUCUGUGUGUUGUUGUGUGUGUGUGUAUGUUUAACUUGUAGACACUCGACACUCUAACUCUAAGUAUUAGCACACGCCUGCUCCAGCAUCUCUUUCUCUCUCUCUCCAACUUCCCAUCCCUCCCCAAGCCCCAAAUAUUCCAAAAUCCAAGACAUUUUGCCCACAAUGCAAGUGAGCAAAGAAAAAAACGAUUAAAUCUCCCAUAAAUAUUAAUAAUAUACAUAUAUAUAUUUAUAAAUAUCUCUAAGAUACACACCAAUGGAUUAGAAUAGUUUUUUUUUUUGCUUUUGAUUUCCUCCUAAAUGCUAAUUAAUAUUUAAUAUUUGUAUUUAUAAUGUGUGGUAUAUUUAUUGUAUGUUAAUCGCCGAAUCUUUGAUCUCAUUUAAUGAUUUGUGUUUUUUUUUUAAGAUAAUUCCAACAACACACUCCACUCCUCCACUGUGCAGGGCUUGUAAAUCCCU